AUGCGCAUCGCCCCAGCUGGCCCAUAUCUCGGGGCUCAGGCCAGCCCCGUGCCGGACCAGCUCCACGGUCUGGUCCUUCGCGCCCCGCCCGCCGGCGCGAGGCAGCACAGGCCUGCCCCCGCCGCGGCUGCCGGGGCGCCCCCGGCGCUCGACGUGGCGCGGCUGCGGGCCGACUUCCCCGUGCUGCGGCAGCAGGCCAGGCCUGGCGUGCCCCUGGUCUACCUGGACAAUGCCGCCACGUCGCAGAAGCCGACCCAGGUGAUGAACGAGCUCUCGCGCUUCUACCGCGAGGACAACAGCAACGUGCACCGCGGCAUGCACACGCUUUCCAUGCGCUCCACGGAGGCGUUCGAGGGUGCCCGCCAGAAGGUCGCGAAAUUUAUCAACGCCGCGGACGUCCACGAGGUGAUAUUCACGCGCAACGCGACGGAGGCUAUCAACGUCGUGGCCCGCACCUGGGCGAGGGCCAGCCUCAGCAGUGGCGACGAGGUCAUCAUGACCGUCAUGGAGCACCACUCGAACCUCGUGCCGUGGCAGCAGCUUGCCGAGGAGAAGGGCGUGGUGCUCCGCUUCGUGGGCAUGACGCCAGAGGGGAGGCUGGACCGGGAGCACUUCGAGCAGCUGCUGAACGAGCGGACGCGUCUCGUGGCCAUGGUGCACGUCUCGAACGUCUUGGGGUGCGUCAACCCUGUGGAGUGGGUCGCCGAACGCGCCCAUGCUGUCGGCGCCAAGGUCCUCGUGGACGCGUGCCAGAGUGUGCCGCACAUGCCCGUGGAUGUGCAGCGCAUGGGCGUGGACUGGCUCGUAGCGAGCAGCCACAAGAUGUGCGGACCCACUGGGAUCGGCUUCCUCUGGGGCCGCGCGGAGCUCCUGCGGGAGGCGCCCCCCUUCCUGGGCGGCGGCGAGAUGAUCGACGAGGUCAGCCUGGAGGGCUCCACUUACGCGGACAUCCCCCACAAGCUGGAGGCCGGCACGCCCGCCUUUGCGGAGGCCGUGGCGCUGGGCGCGGCGUGCGACUACCUGUCGGCCAUCGGCAUGGAGGCGGUGUCUCGGCGGGAGCACGAGCUGACGGCGCACCUCUGGGAGCGCCUGGCGGAGCUCCCGGGCGUCACGCUGUACGGCCCGCCGCCCUCGGUAGAGCCGCACCGGGCGUCCCUGUGCACCUUCAACGUCGAGGGCUGUGCGGCCAACGACCUCGCCACGCUGGUGGACGCCGACAGGGGCGUGGCCAUGCGCGCGGGGCACCACUGCUGCCAGCCCCUCCACAAGCAGCUCGGGGUGACCGCGAGCGCCCGCGUGUCCGCAUACUUUUACAACACGGAGGAGGAGAUCGACGUGGCCGUGGAGGCCC